GUAUUCUACAAAGCAUUCCAUGCGCAUUUGCAAGUUGCUUUGAGUGGCAGAUGUGUGUUAAUAUAAAAUAAUUUCUUAUCCAAGAAUUAAAAAUAAUUGACAGAACAAUAAUUGGAUGAUUAAUUCAGUAGUAGGGAUUUGCGAUAGAAGUAUAGUCAUUACUAAUAAUAAGUCGAUCGCGAUAUGAGCGUAUGCAUAUAUGAAUGGAGGGACACUUAGCGUGAAUAUUGUAAGGUUCACCAUGGUGAGGCGGGCAGUGUUUUAUUGUGUUGCCUUACUAGUGCCAGCUAUCAUAUCUCUUCUUCUGCUAACACUUGGCUUUAGCACGGAUAACUGGACCAUUUACGACCCAGCGGCCAUCCGGCCUCCCGACCCUGACCUCAUCAUCGCCAACCUGACGCAUGUCACCACCGAAUUCAUAUUAGUAGCCGAGUCUACCGGAUUAUUUCAGACGUGUUUAGUAUUCAAAAACGUCACCUUUGUUAGGAUGAUAACUGAUAGUGACGCAAGGUUAGAUGCAGAAUGUGGGGCAGAUAUGAAAAGAUAUAUGGAGUCAAUCUUAGCGAACCCAUUGGCAUUACCAAGUGCUGCACUAUGCUGCCCACCUGGCAUCGAGAAAUUAGAUUCGGUUCCUGCAAAAUGUCGACUGGACUACAGAGAGAUGUCACCAUGUACAACACAAUAUGAAAAACCAGAUCUCCAUAACUAUGAAAAACUGUAUUCCACAGCGGACUCCAUCUCCCGGAGCUGUCUGGCCUAUACCUUGCCUAGCCACACCCCAAAUAAUUGCUUCACUCACAAACUAGACUUUUCAUUCACAUCCAUCCUCAGCACAAUCAGGAAAUUAUACCCCGAAAAAUCUAAAGACCAAAUCACACCAAUUCAAAAUCAUGAAGACUACAGCAAAAGACUAAACGCUGCUAUACUUAGUUUGUUAGCGAUUGGAGUAGGAAUCCUUCUAGCAGGAACGAUAGCAAUGGCGUUGAUACUGUGUACAGAAAUAAGCCCCACAAAACUAUUCGCAACCAGCGGGGUAACGUAUCUAUUAUCGAGUGUGCUAGUUUUAAUUGGAAUUGCCAGUUUUUCUUAUAAUAUAUCAUACCAGAAAGCUGUGAUUCUGACUGGAGACGUAUAUGGACAAUCGGUAGCUGAGAGAUUAAAAUACAACAAUUGGUUGUUACGUAUAGAUAAAUACGGUUGGUCGUUUUACGUAACGGUUAUUUCAUGUGGAAUAAACCUGGUGAAUAGUAUGAUGACACUAUGUAUAGCUGGACAUGCAAAAUACCUACAUGCGCAGAUAAAAGAUGAAUCUGUACAGCUAACUGGGUCAUUAACUUUAUAGGCUGUCGACAGUUUAAUAUUAGGUUCGUUACCAUAUUACGAGAUACAUGUAUAAUUGUCCAUGUAUAUUACAAUUUCUGUUUAUGUUGCUGUUCACGUGCGUUCACGUACAUUACCAUGCUUAACUUGUACAUUGCCAUUGUUGUUCAUUGCCAUCCAUUGCUGAUCAAGUGCAUUACCAUGCAAUACGCGUAACUUACAUUACCAUUGUUGUUCAUUGCCAUCCAUUGCUGAUCAAGUGCAUUACCAUGCAAUACGCGUAACUUACAUUACCAUUGUUG